AUGGCCGAUCCUUGGACAACCGGGGGUCUCAGUGAGGCUCUCCCUCAGCCAGCCGUGGUCGCUUCUCACGGUAAUGACCAUGCCUCGGACGCGCCCGCUGCUGGAAACGGAGAUGCUUCCGAUCCCAAGUGGACUGAGCCCCAGAAAAUUGAUUACACCGCGAUGGCCCCGGAGAACUACGACCACGCUUGGGGCUCGGAUGCUCCCACCUACGUAUGGAAGGACGAGUAUGGCGAUAUUGGUCCGAAGUACCCAGAGCUCGAGCUCGAGCUCUUUGGGGAACCCUCGACUCGUAAAGAGCGAACCGGCCUCGACUUUUCCACAAUCGAGAGCAUUGAGGUACAGCAGGAAGGGCCGGUCAAGAUUGACCCAGUCAGAUCUUUCCGUGAUGCUGGGCUUCAUCCUGCCAUGCUGGAGAACGUUGAGCUUUGUGGAUAUGACAACCCCACUCCCAUUCAAAAGUUCACCAUCCCAUCGAUCCUCCAAGGACAUGAUGUGAUUGGUAUCGCACAGACUGGUUCGGGAAAAACCGCCUCGUACCUCAUUCCAAUCUUGAGCAAGCUCAUGGGCAAGGCCAAGAAGCUUGCGGCCCCUCGACCCAACCCUCUCACCUUCCAAGAAGGUGUUGAUGAGGUUAUCGCAGAGCCUUUGGUCUUGAUUGUUGUCCCAACCCGUGAACUAGCCGUGCAGAUCUUCAACGAGGCUCGCAAGUUCUGCUACCGCACAAUGCUUCGCCCCUGUGUUGUGUAUGGAGGUGUUCCUACUCGACAGCAAAGCUCCCUUCUAACCAAGGGUUGCGAUGUUCUCAUUGGUACCCCCGGUCGAUUGACCGAUUUCAUCCAACGACCCCAUGUUCUCACACUUCGACGUUUGAAGUACAUGAUCUUGGAUGAAGCUGAUGAGAUGCUCAACCAAGACUGGGGUGAGGCUCUUGACAUGAUUCUCAACGGCGGAGAACAAGAUGUCGGUAACGUCAAGUUUGGGCUCUUCUCUGCCACAUUCCCCAAGGGUGCCCGCGAUCUGGCCAAGCAAUACCUCGCCGCCUCUCACGUCCGAUUCCGAGUAGGUCGAGCGGGAAGCACCACGACCAACAUCAAGCAAAUCGUCCUCCAAGCUGAGAGACAUGAGAAGCGCGAGCUUCUUAUUGGGCUCUUGGAGGAAAUGUCCGGAAUUCGCACCAUCAUCUUCGUGAACAGCCGCCAGGAAGCGGACAACUUGGACGAUUUCCUCUUCAACAUGCAGCUUCCAGUCACUUCCAUCCAUAGUGACCGCACACAACAGGAGCGAGAAGCUGCGAUGCGAGGAUUCCGCUCUGGUAAUGCGCCGAUUCUGAUUGCAACUGGAGUUACCGCUCGUGGUAUUGAUGUUCGCAAUGUGAUGCAUGUCAUCAACUACGACCUUCCCUCCAUGGACCAUGGUGGUAUCGAGGAAUACACUCAUCGAAUCGGUCGAACUGGUCGCAUUGGACAUCGUGGUGUCGCAACCUCUUUCUAUUCGGAACGUGACGAGGCUCUUGCGAGUGUUCUCACUCGAACUCUGUUGGAAACCGACCAGGAGAUUCCUGAUUUCCUCCAACCUUAUGUUCCUGAGGGUGAGGCCCGUGAGAACUUGAAGUUUGAAGCGGACUCGGACUUUGAUCCACAGGACGUCGGCGGGGCCGCUGGUGGCGAUGCCUGGGCACCAGACUCGGGCGAUGCUGCCGGCGCUGAUGACAACAGCGGAGGCGGAGGUGGUGGAGAUGCCUGGGGCGGUGAGGCUGGAGGUGGCAGUGUCAAUGCUGACAACACCGGCGAUGCUGGCAACGGCGGCGGCGGUGGUGGUUGGGGUGGCGGUGAUGCUGGAAACACCUCAGCGGCCGCGGAUUCGUGGUAGAUCGCUCUCACAACACCCUGCUGAACUUGGUGUUCAGGCACCAGCAUGUUUCAUGUCUAGCUUUCUGGCUGGAUGAAGCUUUGUCGAAUGAGGAUUUGGUGACAAGUGGAAAGAUUUCUAGUGGUAAAUGCUUUGAAGUGAGUUAGCAUUUCGGAGGCGUGACUAGAUAAACUUGCAGUUCACAAAUGGGCAAUGGACAAUGAAUGGCAUCUUGUGCUUGCUUUCCUUC